UAAGACACCAUAGCAUAACGGGGCUGGCCGCCCGCUCCACUCCCCCCCUGCCUCCUCCCGAGUAGCUUGUGCCAAUUUUCGGCGGCGCCAGGAGGGAUCCGUUUUCCGCCAGUUCCAAGUGCUCUCUAGUAUGACUUAGGAAUACGAGCCAGUAGAGGUACUGCGAGCUCCGAACGUCUGUUCGUCUCUGCUGCUUGGCGGAUUCUACGUGACUGCAUCAGACUUGUCAAUGUCAAGGCACUGAGAGUACCGUACGCCUAGGCGCGCACUCGACACCCACUCGACACACUCGAGUGACGAGUGGUACCCUCCGCCUAGCCGCGCAUUCCACGUCGCACGUUCCCUUGAUUUCUCGAUCUAAAGAAGCCCGUUGAUUCCACAUGGCGCGCCUCCUCUCGCGCCUCCCGCCAUGGGCGCUAAUUCUCCUCGUUAGCGCGGUGGUAAUCUCAAUCACAGUAGACGUCUCGUUAGGAGCAUCCCCGUCAACGCGACCUGCCCCCAGCAGUUCUCGCGUGGAAGAAUCCUCCUCCCCGACCUCCCGCUCAUCUACCUCCCCCUCAUCCACCUCACGCUCAUCUCGCUCCCCCACUCCCUCACCCGCCCGCUCCUCCCGCUCCUCCCGCUCCUCUCGCUCCUCCCGCUCAUCCCUCCCCUCGUCAUCCGCGCGAAGCAGUCGGCGCAAUCGGACCUCCGCGCCCUCCGCGCCUUCCCCCUCCCUCACCGCCUCCCGCUCAUCCCGUUCCCGCUCCUCAUCCUCCGCGCGGAGCAGUUCCCGUAAGCGAUCUUCCGCACCCUCGGCGUCCACUGCGCCUCCCGCGCACUCAGCGCCUCCUGCGCACCCCGCGCCUUCCGCCUCCCCCUCCCCCUCUCCACCCCCCUCCCAUUCCCCUUCCCCUUCCCCCGCGCGGAGAAGGUCAAGCGGAAGGCGCUCGAGCUCGCGCCCUGGCUCGAGCUCGAGCUCUGGCUCAACCUCGGGUUCUGGCUCAAGCUCAAACUCAGGCUCGGGCUUAGGCUCGGGCUCAAGUUCCAGCUCAAGCCCGGCAACACCGAGAAGAAGCAGAAGGAAGCCGCGCACGACAGACGAGGUAGUGGGAGGCGGGGCCGGGGGCGCAGGCGGGAGCGCGGGCGGCCAGCCGCAGACGACGCUGACGCUGCUGCCAGAUAACCCGUACAAGGCAAAGUGCCUCGACGGCAGUCCCCCGGGGUACUAUUUCCGCCAGGGCGUGGGCUCCGGUGCGAACAACUGGCUGAUCGAUCUCCCCGUGGGCGGGUGGUGCACCACCGUCCAGGAAUGCGCCGAGCGCGCCAAGACGGAGUUCGGCUCCACGCGCCGCUGGCCCAAGGUGCUCGGGGGAGGCGCGGGCGCAGCCGCUUCUUCCGCCGUGGCGGAAGCCGUGUACCAACACUCAGUGAUGGCGGCGGGGGCAACCUCCUCGUCGCGCGGCAUUCUGAGCACGGACCCGCGCGUGAACCCCACCUUCUACAACUGGAACCUCGUGCGCUUCGUGUACUGCGACGGGGGGGGUUACGCCGGUCGAGUGCGGUGGAAGUCGGUGAACAGGACCCAGAUCGUGUAUCUGGACGGGUGGAAAAUCUCCAAGGCUAUUUUUAUGGAUCUCCGCCUGCGGCGCGGGAUGUCCUCGGCGGCGAAGAUCAUCAUGUCGGGGAGCUCCGCGGGCGGGCAGGCGGUUGUGACGCUGUGCGACCAACUCGCGGAGAUUGCGCCCGCCGCCACCACCAAGUGCCUCAUGGACUCGGGCUUCUUCAUUGACUCCCCCGACCGCGCGGGGGUGUACACGUUCCGCGCCAUGGCGCAGCGCCUGGUGGGGCUGCACCAGUCGCUGGGGAACCCGCGCUGCCAGCGAGCCUUCCCAGGUUUGGAAAGCUGGCGCUGCUUCUUCCCCCAGUACGCUCUCACCUACGUCGAUUCGCCAAUCUUCGUUCUCCAAUCACUUUUCGACGUGCGAGCCCUCGCUCUGGGUAACCAGCUCCCUCAAGACAUCGGGCAGGCCUCCGCUUGCCUAAGUGACAUACUUAAAGCCGCUCCGCGGGCGGGGAGGGCGAUAAAGUCUCGCGCUUACCGGAAGUCGCGAGUGGGGAUGAGCCAAAAAUGCCCAGCGGAAAGUGUCGCGGUUUUGAACGCGGGUUACGACGUCUACACCGCAGUACAGGGAUUGAUGGCGAAAAAGGCGAACCUCGCAGCUUUCCUACCUGGUAACUCGCAACACACGUACACGUUCAACCCGUCUUUCGAGUUUGUUGCGAUAAACGGAACGACCGUGAAAGCUGCAGUGAACGAUUGGGUGCAAGGCUCGGCGAGGUACGCGAGGCUUAUAUCUCCCUAACCAUUAGGCUUGAGUUGAGAGGCCUAUUUGAACACUCCUGAUUUGAUAUGCGCUUGGGGGUAUGUUCGUUGGGAAUAGUUCUCUUUUGAAGGUUGAUUUGUAGUUCGUAUGCCUCUUGGAGGCAGGCUGGAUUGGGUACAUAUCAUUUUCCGCUUGGUUUUGACCUGCGUGAAGGUCAAUCCUUUAUGUGUAUGGGUGUAGGCUGAGCUAGCUGCUCAGGUGGAUAAUUUUUUGGACAACUUUAUUA